UGUUUACUUCCGGGACGCCACUGUCACAAAAAAUGGCUUCUCUUGACAGGGUAAAAGUAUUAGUUUUAGGCGAUUCCGGGGUGGGUAAGUCUUCCUUGGUCCAUCUGCUCUGUCAGAAUCAGGUGUUAGGAAAUCCAUCGUGGACUGUUGGCUGCUCUGUGGAUGUACGGGUCCAAGACUAUAAGGAGGGAACCCCGGAGGAGAAAACCUACUACAUAGAACUCUGGGAUGUCGGAGGAUCUGUUGGCAGUGCCAGCAGCAUCAAAAGCACCAGAGCUGUCUUCUACAAUUCGGUUAAUGGAAUUAUGUUGGUACACGAUUUAACAAAUAAGAAGUCCUCUCAGAACCUUUACCGCUGGUCACUAGAAGCUUUAAACAGGGAUUCUUCUCCAACAGGAGUUAUUGUUUCCAACGGCAGUGACUAUGACAGAGAGCAGUUUGCUGAGAACCCAGUGCCUUUGCUGUUGAUUGGCACAAAGUUUGACCAGAUCCCAGAGAACAAACGCAAUGAAGUUCUCACUCGGACGGCCUUCCUGUCUGAAGACUUCAACGCAGAGGAGAUCAAUCUCGACUGCACCAACCCGAGAUACCUUGCUGCAGGCACGUCAAAUGCAGUGAAGCUUAGCAGGUUCUUUGACAAGGUAAUAGAGAAGAGAUAUUUCACAAGAGAUCCCAGUCAGAUGACGGGUUUCACAGACAGAAAACGGUUCAACUUCAAAAGUUUGCACUAUGACUGACAAGCCGUGCGCACAACAGCAGUGGUCUGUGGCUUAACCGUAAUGCAUCUGGGCUUUUACACCACAAGUAAAGCAUCACGCUCACUGACAUGCUUCCUGCAAACCCCCCACCACCAACUAUUGUUUUUUCUCUGCCAUUUCUUCUUUAUACGAAGCUGAACACUUUUUUCUUUUUGCUGUUAUGUUAUCUUAAGUUGACUUAAAAUUGUGCUGCAAAAAUACAAAUGAUAAUAAUAGAAUAAUUACUGAA